AUGGGAUCUCUCGAGCUCUUCCUCAGCAUUGGCUUGGACGAAAAAACCGUCGACGGAAACAGCAAAGUCAUCACCGAUCUCACCGCCCUCAUCCACCAGGCCGGUCUCAGUGACGGAUGCGACCGAGCUAUCGGAAUUCUUCUGCUCAUUAUGGCUAAAAAGAAAGGAGGAAAGGCUCUUGUGCAUCGUCCUACAUUACUCGAUUACAUCGUCUCUUCUAAGAUAAAAACUCCACUCCAGUUAGAUGCUGCGUAUUCGUUUCUGGAGAAAACCGGUCCUGAGGAGUUGAAGCUUCAUGAGUUUGAGGAGGCAUGUGGUGUAGGGGUUGAGGUUUCCGCUGAAGAAAUUGAGAGAACAGUUGACGGAAUCUUUCAGGAGAACAUGAACAGUAUCUUGGAGCGGCGUUACCGGAAUACUGGUGAAUAUAUAGGACAUGUAUGCAAGCGUUUGCCAUGGGCAGAUGCUAAGAUUGUGAAGAGAGUCGUAGAUGAAAAAUUGCUUGAACUGCUUGGCGAGAGAACUGCUGCCGACGAUGAGAAACCUACAAAGGAGAAGAAGCAGAAGAAAGAGAAGCCUGACAAUGCCAAAGUAGAGAAAGCUGCUGUGGAAGAGGAGCUUAAUCCAUUUGCUAUAUUCCCUGACCCAAAGGAGAAUGUUACGGCUCACACAAAAGUGCCUUUCAGCGACGGCUCUCUGCUCGAGUGCAGCAAUGGCAAGCAAGUGCUUGACAAACAUCUCAAGGUGACUGGAGGGAGAGUCUAUACCCGGUUCCCUCCUGAACCAAACGGUUAUCUACAUAUCGGUCAUGCCAAGGCGAUGUUUGUUGAUUUCGGUCUGGCAAAGGAGCGAGGAGGCUGCUGUUACCUAAGGUAUGAUGAUACAAACCCCGAGGCGGAGAAGAAAGAGUAUAUUGAUCACAUCGAAGAGAUUGUUAAGUGGAUGGGUUGGGAACCUUUCAAGAUUACUUACACGAGCGACUAUUUCCAAGAACUGUACGAUUUGGCGGUGGAGUUGAUUCGAAGAGGUCACGCUUAUGUUGAUCACCAGAAUGCUGAGGAGAUCAAAGAGUACAGAGAGAAGAAAAUGAACAGCCCCUGGAGGGACAGGCCUGCUGAGGAAUCUCUGAGACUCUUUGAUGAAAUGAGACGAGGAAUGAUUGAGGAAGGCAAGGCAACACUAAGGAUGAAGCAAGAUAUGCAGAAUUAUAACUUCAAUAUGUACGACCUUAUUGCCUAUCGUAUAAAGUUCACGCCUCAUCCUCACGCCGGUGACAAAUGGUGCAUCUAUCCGACCUAUGAUUAUGCUCACUGCAUCGUUGACUCCCUGGAGAACAUAACCCACUCGCUCUGUACGCUUGAAUUUGAAACCCGGCGGGCGUCUUAUUACUGGCUACUAAACUCACUGGAUCUCUACAUGCCGUAUGUGUGGGAGUAUUCACGUUUGAAUGUCACAAACACUGUAAUGUCCAAGCGUAAGCUGAAUUACAUUGUGACAAACAAGUACGUUGAUGGGUGGGAUGAUCCACGUCUCCUGACACUUGCUGGUCUGAGGCGGAGGGGUGUGACUCCGACUGCGAUAAACGCGUUUGUACGAGGACUUGGAAUCACCAGAAGCGAUGGGAGCAUGAUACACAUGAGUCGGCUUGAGCAUCACAUUAGAGAGGAGCUGAACAGAACAGCUCCACGCACCAUGGUUGUGUUGGAUCCUCUCAAGGUGGUCAUCACCAAUAUGGAACCAGGCAAGGUCAUAGAGCUUGAUGCUAAAAAGUGGCCCAACGCUCAAAAUGACGAUCCCUCAGCCUCCUACAAGGUUCCGUUCUCUAGAGUUGUAUACAUUGAGCAGUCUGACUUCCGAGUGAAAGAUUCGGCAAAUUACUAUGGACUUGCUCCUGGUAAAUCAGUCUUGCUAAGAUACGCUUUCCCGAUCAAGUGCACUGACGUUGUCUUUGCUGAUGACAAUGAAACCGUUUGUGAGAUCCAUGCGGAGUAUGAUCCGGAGAAGAAGACUAGGCCAAAGGUUCUACACUGGGUCUCUGAAUCUUCUUCACCAGGAAAAGAGCUCUUAAAAGUUGAAGUCCGGAAAUUUGAGAAACUCUUUAACUCCGAGAACCCUGCGGAGCUCAAUGAGGACUGGCUCAACGACAUAAACCCGGACUCCAAAGUUGUGGUGUCUGAUGCAUAUGCUCUUUCAAGCAUUAAAGAUGCUGCGGUCGGUGACACAUUCCAGUUCGAGAGGAUGGGUUAUUUUGCUGUUGACAAGGACUCUAGCCCAGGAAAGCUUGUUUUUAACCAGACGGUCACACUCAAAGACACCUAUAAGAAAGGUGGCAAGUAG